ACAGGUGAAAACGAGGAGGCUCCCAAAGUCGACGCCGCGUUGGCACGGAGCUGGCUCCUUUGCCCAGGUUGACGCUGACGUCCAGCUCAGACCAGAUCCUCAGGGGAAACGACGUCUUGGCCUGACACAUCACGAAGAGCACGACCCUCGCCAGCGUCUCGGCGUCUUCUUGUGGACCUCGAACAUUUGCUUGGAACGGGACAGGCCACGCAAGACCAGCUGCUCAAAAUGGACGAUCUUCACCUUCACGCCUCUCCAUCCUUUCCUUCGUCUUCGCUUAACUCUCUUUCCCCGGAUUUUCGUCGUCGAUUGCAGUCGUUCCCUCCACUUUUCUUCUUCUUCGCUUCAGUCUCCUCUUCUCUUUGAAACUAAUCUUUUCAAUCGAUCAAUUGCUCGCAACGCGUUGAGCGCGUCCCCUACUCCCAGCAUGGCCGAAGAAGGAAUCCACGAGUUACACGUCACCAAGAAAGUGCCCACAGUCACAAAUGCCGAGCGUGGAGGGUCGAGCGACGCUACGGAGGCGGAGAAGGUCUCCUUUGACGAUCCGCCGAUGAGUCCAAGGAACUUCAACAAGAAUCCCUUCAGCCGUCAGCACACCUCCUUGGAAGUGGACGACUACUUUUCAGGUCCAAGGGAUAUAUCCCGUCACUCAAAAUGGCCCAUUUUCUUGCGAAUGCAUGGCUCCAUCCUCCCGAAGAUGAUUCUCCCUCUCCUCUUCGUUGGCGCCUGGUCCACCCUCAUAACAUGCAUCUCCUUCUUUCGCCAUAACCUCGGCAUCUCUAAUCUGCUCCUUACCAUUACCGGUUUUGUCGUGUCUCUCGGUUUGUCGUUUCGAUCCUCCACAGCCUACGAGCGCUACAACGAGGGUCGCAAGUACUGGACCCAGCUCAUCCUGUCGAGUCAAAGUCUGGCACGCGUAAUCUGGGUGCACGGAGCGGAGCGAUGGGAUGAAGAUCAUAAGUUGGGCAAGCAGGAUUUGCUGGCGAAGAUGACGGCCCUCAACCUAAUCACUGCAUUCGCGGUCAGCUUGAAGCACAAAUUGCGUUUUGAGCCGUACACGGCGUAUGAGGAUCUUGAGGGACUUGUUGGACACUUGGAUACGUUUGCAAAGGCGGCGACGAAGGAUGAUUCGUGUGUACCAAAAAAGGUUGGCUUCUUCAAGAACGUGGGCGAGCAUCUGGGCGUUAGCUUUGCCGAGUCGAACCCUCGUAAACUGUUGAAGAAGUCGAAAACACCGCUGGGCAAUCUGCCCUUAGAGAUCCUGACUUACUUGGCUGCGUACAUCGACGAGACAAUCGAGGACGGCAAGUUGAAAAUACCGAUGCAGCAGACCCUUGCCUACAACAACCUUGCCUCUCUUAAUGACGUGCUCACCGGUACAGAUCGAAUUCUCAACACGCCCCUCCCGGUCGCCUACUCGAUCGCCAUCGCUCAGAUGACAUGGGUGUACAUCCUGCUUCUUCCCUUCCAGCUCUACAACUCCCUGAACUGGGUCACCAUUCCUGGCAGCAUCCUCGCCGCCUAUCUCAUCCUCGGCCUUCUUCUCAUCGGUACCGAACUCGAGAACCCAUUUGGCUACGACGUUAAUGAUCUGCCUCUUGACUCCUUCUGUCAGCAGAUUGCUAACGAGAUUGAUAUCAUCAGUAGCAUCCGGAAGCCAAACUCGAAGCAGUGGAUCACAAAGGAGGAGAAUAAAGUGCUGUGGCCCGUUAGCAACAGCGGCUACUCAAGUUGGGAAGCCAGAAGUGAGUCGAGGAUCCGCAGCGAGCUGAGGUCCAAGACGAACAUUGGCUUUGAGAUCAGGAGGAGCAUGAAUGUUGACCGUCCGGCAGACAAGAUAACAGAAGCAUAGAUCUGCCCACACCAGCGGUGGAAUAACUCCAUUGAUAGAAGCAUUUUCAAAUUGGUUACAAGCAUUUAGCGAAGGGGAAUUUCAAAGCGCAUUCUUCGGGACAGAAAAACCUAUUGUAAAUCUGAACAUUCACAAAAGUAAAAUCGUACCUUUCAGAAAAGCGCAAAAAUCUAGGGUCAUGGCAUGGGACAUGGAAUGGCAACAACUAAGACAUCGACACCGUUUCAGCCGUUAUCUUUUCUCGCUUGCAGUGCUCGCUCGUAAUCGGCAACCUUCAAGGGUCCAGCUUCCCACAGCAUUGUAGCUUGGACGAUGGAUGCACUGUUCUGAUGACCUUGUAUGUAGCCAACAAUGUUGAUCCAGGCGCCAACCGCUAUUGCAG